ACUUCGCAUCAGUCGCCUCUUAUUCGUCCGCGCUUUGCGCCACUUAUCUUAUUCGUUACAAGCACAGCUCAAUGGACGCGCGCGCACUUGCACUCGCAUCCUCCGCUUUCUUCCCAGCGCGGAACUUUCCCCAGGCCCUCGUUGCGCGUGCAUCUCCCGCCAAUGGGUCUACGCGCAGCCGCAUUUCCGCUAUUGCGCCUAUCCGCGCAUCAGCGCAGGGGGAAAACCAACCCUCCGCCACGUCAAUAGCGGCCGCAAGCCCCUCCACUUCCGCCACGCCCCUCUCCGCUGUUCCUUCCGCCGCUUCCCUUUCCGCCGAUUCCCCCCAAGCCCUCACCAGACGAUCCGCGCUCGCGGGCGGAAUCCUCGCGCUAGCUUCCGUCACCCUCUCUCCGUACCUCCCGCUACCCUCCCUCUCCCCCGCCGCUCACGCUGCCGCUGAAACCGCUACGGCGGAAACCAGCGCGGGAAGCGACUUACUGAAAGGGGUGCUAUCCGCCUUCGACUCGGAGGAGACUACAGCGAGCGGGCGGCGGCUCCCUAAGGCGUAUGUUCGGAGCGUGACGGGGCUGGUUGACAGCCUGCGGGACGCGCUCGGCGCGGAGGAGGGGGACAGGGGGGAGUUCCGGCGCAAGGCGGAGGUGGCUAAGACCGCGAUCCGGGGAUACCUGGGGGAGUGGCGGGGGAAAGCGCCGCCAGAUACCGAGACCAUCACCUCGUCUCUCGACACCGUUCUCAGAACACUCUCCCGCUUCUACAUGCGCAGUGGAGUCAAUGCCAAGCUCCCUGCUGACGUCAGAGAGAAGAUCCUUGAUGAUCUGGCGGUUGCCGAAGCUGCGCUGUGAUUGGCCACGUGGAAGCCAUAAUAACGGGUCAGGUCAGGUCAGGUAGUACCUACAUGCAGUGGACCACCAGCUGCUGUUAACGUUUGUACUCAGUACUGGGGAUCUUGAAAGUCUUCAGCUGAUGGAUUUUCUUUUGAAUGUAAUAUUUGUUUAGGCAUAUGAUACAAGCAUUGUUGCACAUGGCAACAUAACAUACAUAUGAUU